ACCCAAACAUCCAUUUCAGUUGCAGGGAGUAAAAGUAGGAAGAUGAACAAGGAAGAGGCAAAAAUCGACACCCAAAAUCAAAAUCCUAAUUCUAGCGCGAACCCCAACAAUCAAAAUCAAAUCCGAGGAUCCAAAGGGAAAACAUGCAAGGGAUGCCUCUAUUACUCCUCCGCUCUUAAAUUCAAAUCCCAAAACCCCACCUGCAUCGGCAUCCCCAGAACUCUCCAACAAGUACCUAGGUACAUAAGUGGGGAAUCUGAAUUGGAAGCUUCCAAGGAAGGCCGUACUCUUACGGAUUUCAAGUAUGCUUGUGUCGGUUACUCGGUUUUCUUGGAUAAUAAAGAUUCUUCACCUGAAUUACCCUUCUGUGUUGGUCUCGAGGUAUUAUUGGACAGAACAGCUGCUUCGAACGACCAUGUUCCUGUCAAUAUCCAUAAAAACAAAGAUAGUCAUGCACUUCCUCAAACCCGAACCCAGAGGUCAACACCGUCGACAGGAGAUGAGUUCUAUAACAGGUUUAAAAGGAACGCAGGCCUCGUGGCAAUGGGUGUUGUCAAGAAUGUGAAUAAAAUCGGAAACCGCAUCAAAGUAACUCUGAAUGACAUUCUGUAUAGGCGACCAAAGUGAGAAUUAUGACUACUGUUAUAUGAUUGAAUGCAUCAUUCUAAUAAGGAAUUCUAUUGUAUUUUUCGCGUUUUUGCCAUGGAUUAAAUCACUGAGCCCGUUUUUCAACGCUGGAAGAUGAAGCAUUUGGCUGCUAUACUCAUUUUUGUUGAGUAUACAUGAAAGUAGGUGGCUGCCGAUGGGGCUUUUGUUCAUUUCCAAUGCUCAAUCUUUGAUUUGAUAGUGUGCUAAAUUGUUAAAAUUUUGUUGUUUAGUGUGCUAAAUUGUUAAAAUUUUGUUGUUUACUUACCAUUGUUGGAUAGAA